AUGCAUUUGAAACUUGCAACUCAGCAAUUAGAAUGGCACGGACUCCCACCACCACAUCACCACGAUAUGCUAGAGGCAGUAGCAAGGGUCGGACGCAUCGAAGAGCGCAUCCAGUACACCUUCAGAAACAAAAUGUUAUGCGUAGAAGCAUUGAAGGUCACGACAUCGAACUCCCCUCUAUUUUUUAAAGGGAUGAUCCACCAAGUUAAACAAAACAAUCGCCUAGCAUUGCUAGGCGAUCGAGCACUCAGUAUGGUUUUGUGUGAUAUAUGGUAUGAUACGGGAUACUCACCAGAUAUGAAGAUCGGUAAUACAAUAGCAACAACAAUUCAGCUGUACUCAAAAGCGCGUAAGCUUGGUAUAGACAAAGACGUCCUAAUUGGUGAAGGGAUGGAUAUUCCAUCAGUGAGUCAAGUCGCUGAGAGCUUUGAGGCUAUAUUCGGCGCUGUCUACGUGGAUUCUGAUCGCAGUCUCGAAACGGUAAAAAAGGUAAUCGAAAGUAUCGACCUCGGUAAACAAAAAUUCUUGGAGGCAGCGUCCGAAGCACAUAAUGACCUACAAUUCUCGGGAAAGAAAUCUAUCGUGUAUCAGAAGGAAGAGCUACUGUUCAUGGAAAGGAUUAGAUCUCUGGAGCACGAUGCAGAAAAAAUUCAGGAACAUUUGAGGGAUGCCGGACCCUCCAUCACAGGUGUGUCAGGGGUGAAGCCCAACAUCAACCCCGAAGCGCGAUCUGCUAUCCGCAAAGAGGCUACAAAGCUGGAACGCAAUGCAAGGCGGUUAUUGAAAGAAGUUAUUCAAAUUGAUGCUUCUGCGGUUUGCUACGAAGUCAAGGUAAAUGUCAGGAGAAGGACAAGAGUUAUGAUCCAUACGGCAUUAGCGUUGAAAAGUGAGGUGACAUACUCUGAUGGAAUCGCUGAAGAGCAGUCAAAUGAGGAGCCUGCUAUUGACCUGGAGACUACUAAUGAUUUGGAUCCAAUCUAUACACUGGCUAACAAGGUGCUUUUGAAGGACGAGAGCCUGCCGCCCGACGAGUCUGCACAAGAUGGCACUCAUGAAACGACGAAAAAACAGCCAGAUUCACUGAACUGCCUCUUUCUGAGUGAAAACAGCACAGAUGAUACACCAAAGCUGAUUAUCUCAGCUUCACCAAAAUCAACGGCAAUACCAGCUGAUUCCGUACUGCCGAAGGAUAGUAAUGCUACUAUCAUAGAUCUCAUAGCCGAGUUCAACGAAGUUAUCACGGAAUGUGGCGGACCCAAAAAGAGAGGUAUAGGAAGGCCAUCCAGGGCCGAGCUUGGUUUCAAGUAUACUGCAUGGAAGAACGCAUUGUCAAUGACAAACAAGCUCGAGCGCCGAGGAAAAUCAGCUGAUACUCUUGCCAUAUACGAAGACAUGUUGCAAAAAUGUCUGGAAAAAAGGUUGAUCAUCGAGCGAAAACGGUUGGCUGCUCGAAAGGAAAAGGCUCUAUCCAAAAACCUCAGCCAAGUGCUAUCUCUGAAGGUUGAAAAGCCUGAGACCUCAACGCCUACAAAAGAAGAAAUCAAUCUUACAAAAGAGCAAGACCAAAAUCAAGAACAAGAACAAGAGAGAGAGAAAGAACAGAAGAAGAAACGAUUGGCGCCUGCUCACGACGGACAUGAGAAGGCAAGCAGAGAAUCUGUGGAGAGCGUUGAGGAUCUAGAGCAAACCAUCAGUGAACUCCAUACUGCCACAUGGGAAAGCACCAACAAAACUGCAGAGCGGGCUCCACAGCAUGUGUUAUGGAGGCCCUUCCAUAGCCCUCAAACAGGUGUUAAAGUCCGUGGCCGAGUUGGGAAAACUACGUCCCCAUUCCAAGGCAAGACAACAUCAGAAGCCCCUCCUCGAACUUGGAGCAUGCGGAAACCACUAAAACCUCUGGUUUGGAAACCAGCAAAAAGUAUGAUUCGGUAUCGGACCUCUACUUCGCCACGUUACCCGACGUCUAGAAAUCGCGCAGCGCCAUGA